UGCAGCCCAAAAAUUACAUGCUUGCCGUACUGCCGCCCAAUUGCCUCGCACAAUAAAUAGGAAUUGCUAAGCUAUCCUUUGAACGGCUCACCCACAUGGCGAAUAACGGAUCAAGCUCAGAUGUGGAGCACACUCUACUGUUGCGCCGAACGCCAAAUGGGAACUGAACCACAUAAAAGGGAUCCCCACCCCCGACCGAGCGUGCAAAGGCCAGGCGCUCCUUCGUUCCCCAUCCCUCUUCAACACAGUCGUCCACUUUCUUAUCUCACACCAGCAACCUCAUCGCCUUGUCCUUGUAAAGUCAUCGCUUCUCUCUUGUCAUCCUCACUCUGCGUUUUAUUGACCGGCGACUUUGCCGAUCUCACAUUCGCCAAAGACUUUCGCACUUCUGAUUCAACCAGUUUGACAGGAUGAACGAAUUACCAUCGAGCAAAGUUCUGGAGAUUCCAGAGAUCCUCUGCAUGGUCAUAGACGUUCUGGACGGGCCGAGCCUCAAGACAGCCUCGCUUGUCUGCAAGGCCUGGCACCGACAAACGCGUUUGAUCCUUUGGCGACAACUUGUCAUCCCAAAGGACUGGUAUAACCACGACCUGACCCCACUCUGGUCCACUCUAGACCGACAGGGCGAUGUGAUCAGGGUAUUGAGUCUCGAACUGUCCACGUCUGCUAAGAUGAAGCAAGAGGUAGACAUGGAAUUAAUCAGGAACCAGCUCGCAAGUCUACUCUCCAGAGCACCCAAUCUCGAGUCCCUCAACAUGCAAUUGCCCCGUGAUAUCAAAAGUAACAUCGCCAGAACCAUCGCAGCGCACUCCAAACAGCUCAAGCAACUUGAGACCGACAUCCUGAACUGGGAAUCCGACGACAUGGCUGAUCUUCUCACUGCCUGUCCGAACCUCCGCCAAAUUGCAGGACACAAUUUCUCUGGCGACAUUCUCAAGGCUAUCGCAAGGACACAACCAACCCUCGACAGGCUCGAUUGCACACAUCCACGGUUCGAUGAUGAGGAGCUAAUCGCAUUUGUAAAGCAGUUCCCGGACCUGUUACAGCUCUCUGUCUCGCUACACCAGUUCCUGACGACAAAGGCCCUUAUCGGAAUCGCACAACAUUGCCAGAAGAUUGAGCACUUGGGCUUUCAUUUCUGUCUGGGUCUACAGUCCGUGGGAUUUCAGGCCAUCUUUCAGGUGUCCACCAAUUUGAGAGUCCUCGAUCUAGGCCCUUCAGAAGUCCGGAAUCCCGACAUCGCUUUGGUAGCGGCACAGUGUCCAAGUCUCGAAACUCUCAAGUUGCCCUUCUGUGCCAAUAUCACCCAUGAAAGCAUCAUUGCCAUCGUACAUUCGUGUCAGCAUCUCCGACAUCUGGAUCUCUCAUGGUGUGACAAGGUUCUGCUCUCGAUCUUUGACAUGGAGGCUCCAUGGGUUUGUGAAAAACUCCAGUAUCUCGACAUCUCUGGGAUCCACGCCUUAUAUUCAGUCGAAGCAUCAAUGGCCUCUGCAUUACUUCCGAGCAUGUACCACCAGCUCUCGCUCCUGACUCAGCUCCAGCAUCUCAAGAUCUCGGGGCAUGGAUUUUCGUUACGCCUGCUAGACUUGGGCCGACCGGCCUUGUCCAAUCUGCGACACCUGGAGACACUCGACGUUUCGAAACUAAAGAACCCGAUACCAUGGAGGGGCAUGAUUGAGAUUGGUAAUUUGUUCCCCGGGUUGAAGGAAUUCCAGUUCCGAAGCAGUGAUGUAAUCCCACCAAUCUCGGCCGAAGAAAAAGCAGCGAUCAGGAACGCGACUGAGAGACACGCCAGAGGGGGUCCAUUCACGGCCACACAACCAAUGCCUGGAGAGGCAUCAGACGAAGCAGGGCCUUCGACGUUAGCCGGAAUCUCGUCAGUAGCAUCAUCAGCAGAAGUAGAAGCAACAACAACAGAAGCUAACAUAACACAACCUGCGCCCAAACGCAGGCGAUCAAGGUCACCCAUACCCUCUCCAUCUGGAAUGACCCCAUCCAACGCAAUAUCUCCCGCCGCAAAUGUUACGCGGGACGAUACAGAACCUGUAGUAGAGCAAACGACCGACAGCAGCGAUAUAGCUGAUGAGGAUGAGGACCAGCCGAUGUCCGGAGUUAUGAGGGCGACGCUGCGUUCAGGUCUUGAGAUAUCAUUCCGCAUGAACGGCGAGGACGAGGAAGAAGGACCCGAUGGUGGCGAAGACAUGUGGGGGUUCCCAAACGUUGUGUCGUACUAUGGCUAAAGCCAAGAUGCAUCCCCUUCCCCCCCUCAUCCCUGUAAAUAAAGCCUAUAAUUCACC